AUGGACACCCUAAAGAAGAUUCUCAUUGUAGUUUUAGCCAUAUCUUUUAUGGUAUUCAUUACCUUUUUCGGCAGACUUCCAGCUUUGAGGAAAACGCCCAUCGCCUGGUUAUACAAGCUGAUAUGGAUUCAUUUCCCCAACCUGGUGUCGAGUAUAGAUCAGACACUCACUGGUGGGCGAGUGACUGGAUCGAUGUCAUGGAUUUAUAAUCGCCUCAUGUAUGACCGUCAUCCAACGAUCGUGAUCUUCUUUUUAUUGAUCAUGACGGUCUCUGAGUACAUGUACCUCCCUGACGUCUGGCCCAAGAUCGGCCUCUUCACAAAGUUCACCGCCACCAUCGCCGUCAUCCUGCCGUACGUGUUCCUGUAUCUCGCCUGCUCCGCAGACCCAGGGUACAUCACCCGCGAGAAUCAUGCGUACCACAUGUCUCUCUACCCUUAUGACUACGCCCUCUUUCACCCGGGCAACGAAUGCCGCACCUGUCGGUUCCUGAAGCCCGCGCGAUCAAAGCACUGCGAUGUCUGUAAACGCUGCAUCGCCAGGGCCGAUCAUCACUGCGUCUUCAUCAACUCGUGUGUCGGCUACGGCAACCACCAUUGGUUCCUUCUCCUCCUUUUAUCGACGUGCGUUUUGGCGACCUACGGCGGCUUGCUAGGUCUCUACCUGUUGACGUCGAAAAUAAAAGAAGAGUACCCAUUAUGGACUGUCUGGCCGGGCCAAGAUUUGGAAUUCACAGAGUACUUUGCUGUCUGGGGCUGGGGCCUUCACGGCGACAUCCGUGUCGGUGCUGCCACUCUUCUCGCUCUCCUCACCUCUCCUCUAAUAUGGGCUCUCUUCAUCUACACCGUCUUCCUCAUCUACUGCGGAACCACGACCAACGAGUCCAUGAAAUGGACAGACUAUAAGGAGGAUAUGAGGGACGGCUAUGCCUUUCGACGUCCUUUGGCGCCUAACCGACCCCGUAACCUGCGUUUGGAGCCACUGUGUCCUCGCUGGCCCUCGUUGCCAGAGCACAUCAUAUUGGCCACUCAAGACGCGCAGCCACCAAGCGACCAAGGGAAUUACCCAGGCGAGGGCGAGUGGGAGCAUGUAUGGGACCUAAAAACCGUCGACAACUUGUAUGACAUGGGAUUGUGGCAUAACCUCGGCGAUGUCUUCUUUUCCAACUAUGCAUUUGAUGACGGAACAGAGGAGCCCCUAGCCGAGCGUCGGCCACGAGGGCGCAGUAUCUCUACCACCAAGUCUGGAUAUCCUCAAUGA